AAUGUUCUAAUCGUAUAGAGGACAUAUGAAUUCGCUGGAUUACCGAUCUUUUGUGGGUCUGAGACUGAAAUAUCAUAAGUAUUUCCAUUUGGUAGUUUUAUUGUUUCUGUCACUGGUAUAACAGAUGCUGUGUGUCUCUGAGAUUGCUGUAAUGAUAGACUCCUCUUACGCUCAGAUAAGCUCUCAUUAUCAUCGUCGUCAUUGACAACGUUAGUACCGUCAUUGUGAUUGUCUGGUGUAGACUCCUUGAUGGUUUCCUGUGCGUAGUCGGGGUCGUUGUCGAGCUUGCUAUCGUCAUUGGCGGGGGAUGGUUCAUCUAAAGAAACUUCUUUGAAUUGCUGCUUUAUAUCGUCUUCUUUAACUUCCUUUGGAGCUGCAAAUGAACUCUGAAGGUCUGCAAAUGGAUUGUCGUCUAUUGAGUCCAUCGUUGAAAAGUACAACGAUGUGCGGAAUAAUAUUUCAUUCGAUAAAACAACCAAUAGACUAUAAAGAUCUAGUUAUACGCAAUAAAAGACGUGGUCCUGAUUAUCUAUCAACUAAGAAUACACCAGCUGGUUACUUCACAAGCACAGUUUUGCAUUUACGUGGAAAUGCACUCACACAGCAACCAUUAGAGAGUGAUAAAGGUGAUAUUUUAUGCUAUAAUGGUCAGAUAUUUGAUUCAUUCGAGGUUCCAGAUGAAUGUAAUGAUGGUGUUUUACUACUAAACAUCCUGUCAGGCUUAUCCGAUGAUGAUCUUCGUGAUUAUUUGCUAAACAUAGCAGACCCAUGUGCAUUCGUGUAUUAUUCAACAUCUACACGGUCUACUUUCUUCGGAAGGGACACUCUAGGAAGAAGAAGUCUCUUAAUGUCUUCCUCUGAUGAUGGUAUCUUGGUUUCAUCGAUUCCUGAUCCUUCCUUGUCUUGGGAGGAAUGUGAUGCAACCAUUCUCUACGAAUUGAAGGAUGAUCAAUCACUAAUUAAACACCAACGAGAUACCUCAAUCAAACUCAAUAGGAUGAUUCCUGAAAAAGACACGGUUGAAAACAUUCCGUGUGACAUUCUCGACCAAUUUCGCCAUAUACUCACUCAAGUUGUUGACAGACGCGUACGGAGUAUACCAACACAUAAGGAGACUGGCUCCUCAUUGCGAGAAUGCAAAGUUGCAGUGUUAUUUUCGGGCGGUAUUGAUUGUACAAUGGUUGCUCACUUAGCUUCUAAAAUACUACCAAAAUCAGAACCUAUAGAAUUAAUUAAUGUAGCUUUCUGUGCUACCCCAAAUCCUUCUAUUGAUACCCUUCGGGAAGUUUGCAGUCGCGCACCUGAUCGUCAAACAGCUAUGGAAGCGGUUGAGGAACUACAAAAGUUACACCCAGGGAGGGAGUUCAGAUUGGUGAAUGUGGAUAUCACAGCGGAGGAUUACAACACAGAAAAGCAAACAAUUAUUGAGUUGAUGUAUCCAAAGAACACAGUCAUGGAUCUCUCUCUCGCAGCUCCACUUUAUUUUGCCUCUCGUGGUCAAGGAUAUCUGUACAACUCUAAAGAAGACUACACGGCCCAGGCGAGAGUUUUGUUAAGUGGGUUAGGUGCUGAUGAAGCCUUGGGAGGUUACGGAAGGCAUAGAGUCGCUUACCAAAAAGGUGGCUGGGAUGUACUCGCAGAUGAGUUGGAGAUGGACUUAGAUCGUCUGCCAUCACGUAACCUAGGACGUGAUGAUAGGGUACUCUCACAUCAUUCCCGUGAAGUUAGAUUUCCAUUUCUCGCUCAACCACUGCUACGUUGGUUGAGUACAAUACCAUUACACCUCAAAGCCGACUUCAGACAGACGGAAUUGGGUGACAAAAGACUAUUACGCACACUCGCAGUAUCUGAAGGCCUAGUAAGCGCGUCAAACCGUGCAAAACGUGCAAUGCAAUUCGGUAGUAGGAGUUCGCGGAUGGACGGUGCGGGAGCCAGUAAAGCCAAAGGCGACGAUAUAAUAAAAAUAAAUUAGUCUAUAUUAUCAAGAACAUCUGAAAUUAUUGCAUCAAUCUCCGGAUCAUCUAGUUGUUGUACUUCUUUGUCAAGAACCUUUCCAAAAGCAUUAGCUGCUGCAAGUGUGGCAUCAUCCAUGGAUAUAGAGUUAUUAUUGAGUGCACUAGCUACGGAUGUCAUCUUUGCACCAUGAAUACCGCAAGCGACUAUAUUUCUGAACCAAUCUAAUGGUUCAUUUGUGAUGUUGAUUGCGAAGCCAUGGGAUGUGAUUCUGUGUCUCACUUGUAUGCCAAUUGAAGCAAUUUUAUGAACAUCGUCAAGCCACACACCUGUAUGCUCAGAUGUUUGACCGCGUAUCCUGUACUGAUCUGCCAACAUUCUAAUGAGCGACUUUUCAACUCUGUCAACGUAGCAUUUCACUGAGAGAUUCAAUCUAGAUAAAUUGAAGAUAGGAUAUCCGACUAAUUGACCUGGUCCAUGAUAAGUAAUCUGACCGCCACGCUUUGUGAGUUCGUAGUGAGCGCCUAAAGCCCUCAAUCUUGUAGACUCCUCUAUAUUCUCAUCAGUUGUACGCCUUCCUACUGUGUAUACUGGCGCGUGCUCUAGUAGGAGUAGUACAUCCUUCGUUGGUUUAGCAGCUACCAAACGCUCCUGCAAUUCUAAACCAGCUUUGUAAUUUAUAAACCCUGGUAGUCUUUUAUAGUAAAUUGACAUUCUGCUUUUAUUUUCUCCGUAUAACUUGUUUAUAAAGAACUACCAUCUACUUAAAAGAUGUCAGAGGCCAAUUCGAACGGCGUGACACCAAUUGACCCAACGCAAGGUAAAAAGCAUGAAGCUUACCCUGUAGUUGGCGGCGAUAUUUCCAAUAUAUCUCAAAACCCAGAGUCACCUGCAGUUGAGCAAGAAAACGCUGAUGUACAAAUGGAGAAUGCAGAAGAGAACGUCGUAGUAAAAGAACAAUCAAAGUAUCACUCACAGGAAGAAGCUAGGAACUAUUUGGCAGCCCAAACCCAGGAAAUUAUUAUACCAAGCUAUAGUUCAUGGUUCAGCUUUGGACAAAUAAAUGCAAUAGAGAAGAGGUCCUUACCUGAAUUCUUCAACAACCGCAAUAGAUCAAAAACACCUACAAUUUACAAAGAGUACAGAGAUUUCAUAAUAAACACAUACAGAUUGAACCCAUCCGAGUAUCUGACUUUCACGGCUUGUAGACGUAACCUCGCGGGUGAUGUAUGCGCUAUCAUGCGUGUACACGCUUUCUUGGAACAGUGGGGUUUGAUCAACUACCAAAUUGAUCCAGAUACACGUCCAGCUGCACUUGGUCCACCAUUCACUGGUCAUUUCAGAGUCACCCUCGAUACUCCAAGAGGUCUCCAACCUUUGCACCCUGGUACUCAACCUGCCACUAAAACUUCCGUUAAACAGGAGGCACCGGAAAUUGCGAGACAAUCCUCAAAACCACCAAAUGUCGAACUUCGCAAGGGUAUCUACAACACUUCCUCUUACAAAGUUACAGAAGAUCCAGAUGAAACUGCGAAAACCGCUAAUAAAUUUAAAGCAUCAAAUGAUGAAGGCGUUUCAGGUGAAGCUAGAUACUUCUGUGAUGUUACAGGUACAGAAUGUACACAAGAGCGUUAUCACUCUAUUAAACAUCCAGAUUUUGUGUUAUGCCCACAAGCUUACCUAGAUGGUCGCUUCCCUUCAACAAUGUUCUCUGGUGACUUUAUUAAAAUUACAAACGAUAAAUACAAGCCAGCAGGCACAAUAGAGGAUGAUCCACAAGCAAAUGCUGAACCAUGGUCUGAUCAAGAAACACUUCUAUUACUUGAAGGAUUGGAACAAUACGAUGAUGAUUGGAAUUCAGUUGCUGAACAUGUGGGAACCAGAUCAAGGGAAAGUUGUAUUGCCCAUUUCUUGCAGUUACCUAUUGAAGAUCCAUACCUCGUUGCAUCAUCCGAUAGUGCAAGAGAUCCACAAUAUCAUGGUAAAGCAUCACAAGGUGAUCUCGGACCAUUAGCAUAUGGUAAAUUCCCAUUCUCACAAUCAGAUAAUCCAGUUAUGAGUGUAGUUGCCUUCUUGGCUUCAAUUGUUAAUCCAUCAGUUGCAUCAGCAGCAGCCAAAGCAUCUGUUGGUGAAAUAACAAAAGAUGAAAGUGAGGAAAAGAUGGAUGUUGAACCUGCACGUAACACUGUAGAAAAAGCUGCAUCUGUUGCAUUAGGCGCUGCAGCUGCAAAAGCUAAAACUCUUUCAAAUAAUGAAGAGAAAGAAAUACAAUCUUUGGUUUCUAAAAUUGUUGAAGCACAAUUAAAGAAAUUAGAAUUAAAGACUGAGCAGUUUGAAAAAUUGGAAACAAUGCUUGAAGAAGAGAAAAAGAGUUUAGAGAAUGCAAGAAUGCAAUUAGCACAAGAGAGAACAGAAUUCGCCCAACAAGUCAAAGAACUACAAAAAGCUAAAAACGAUCCUUCACAUACCUUGGAAUUAUCUGAUGGUCAACUUAAAUUUGAAAACGUAAUCGCAGAUCCAACUGAAUUCGGUAGUGGUGAUAUUGCAACUUUGGGUUAAUCCAAUUCUAAAAUUAUAUAAACC